CCGACGUCCCUCUGCGGCGAGCCUCUUCUCCGGUCGGUAGCCGCCGCUUUGCUGCUCGGGUUGCGCCUGCCGUUAUCCCUCUUGCUGCGCCGCCAUGGCCGCCUACAGCAAGUUCCUCACCGCGCGCUACUCCACCAUGGCGGGCACCGCCGCCGCCGCUUGUGCUCUGCUCUGCCUGCUCAGCAAACGGCGGAAAGCAGCCGCCGCCGCCCAGCACGGAAAGAAAAAUGGAAAAAAUUUACCCAGCAAUGAGAAAGAAGUCAAGAAAGAGCGGGCUGUGGUAGAUAGAGUAUUUCUUGCAAGAAUUUGUCAGAUCCUGAAAAUUAUGGUCCCUAGGACAUUUUGUAAAGAGACAGGUUAUUUGAUACUCAUUGCCCUUAUGUUGAUACUUCGCACAUACUGUGACAUUUGGAUGAUUCAGAAUGGAACAGUUAUUGAGAGUGCUAUCAUUGGCCGCAGUAGAAAAGAUUUCAAGAGGUACUUGUUCAACUUCAUCGCUGCCAUGCCUGCUAUUUCCUUAGUGAAUAACUUCUUGAAAUAUGGGCUAAAUGAACUUAAAUUGUGUUUCCGUGUCCGACUUACCAAGUAUCUUUAUGAGCAGUAUCUACAGAGUUACACAUACUACAAAAUGGGAAAUCUAGACAACAGAAUAGGUAAUCCUGAUCAGCUACUUACACAAGAUGUGGAAAAGUUUUGUAACAGUGUAGUUGACCUAUAUUCAAACCUCAGCAAGCCAUUUUUGGAUAUCGUUCUAUAUAUCUUCAAACUAACAAGUGCAAUAGGAGCACAGGGCCCUGCGUCCAUGAUGGCCUACUUGAUUUUUUCAGGCUUUUUCCUUACACGCUUAAGAAGACCUAUUGGUAAAAUGACUAUCACAGAACAAAAAUAUGAAGGAGAGUAUAGAUACGUCAAUUCACGGCUCAUUACAAACAGUGAAGAAAUUGCUUUUUAUAAUGGGAAUCAAAGGGAAAAAAAAACAAUUCACAAAGCUUUCGGCAAACUGGUAGAGCACCUACACAAUUUUAUUUUGUUCCGGUUUACAAUGGGUUUUAUAGAUACCAUCAUUGCUAAAUACCUUGCUACUGUAGUUGGCUAUUUGGUUGUUAGCCGUCCAUUUCUAAACUUGUCUCAUCCUCGUCAUCAGAAUAGUAGCCAUGCAGAACUUUUGGAGGAUUACUACCAAAGCGGAAGAAUGUUACUGAGAAUGUCUCAAGCCCUUGGCAGAAUAGUUCUAGCUGGUCGUGAAAUGACUCGAUUGGCUGGCUUCACAGCUCGAAUUACAGAAUUAAUGCAAGUUCUGAAGGAACUAAACAGUGGGAAAUAUCAACGAACCAUGCUAGCACAAGAAAAAGAAUUAGAUCUAAGGCAAGAUACCCCAUUGAUUCCUGGUGCGGGACGGAUUGUCAUAACAGAUAACAUUAUCAAGUUUGAUCAUGUUCCAUUGGCAACACCAAAUGGCGACAUGUUGAUUAAAGAUCUCAACUUUGAGGUGCGAUCUGGUGCCAAUGUUCUGAUUUGUGGGCCAAAUGGAUGUGGCAAGAGUUCUCUCUUCCGUGUUCUUGGUGAAUUGUGGCCUCUGUUUGGUGGCUGUCUAACUAAACCCGAGAGAGGAAAAUUGUUUUACGUUCCCCAGAGACCUUAUAUGACACUUGGAACAUUGAGAGACCAAGUAAUCUAUCCAGACACUAUAGAAGAUCAAAAAAGGAAAGGGAUCUCUGACCAGGUGCUAAAGGAGUAUUUAGAUAAUGUCCAGUUGGGUCAGAUCUUGGAACGUGAAGGAGGCUGGGAUAGCAUUCAAGACUGGAUGGAUGUUCUCAGUGGAGGAGAGAAACAGAGAAUGGCGAUGGCUAGAUUGUUUUACCAUAAACCCCAGUUUGCAAUUCUGGAUGAAUGUACUAGUGCUGUUAGUGUUGAUGUAGAGGGCUACAUCUACAGCCAUUGUCGGAAAGUGGGCAUCACUCUCUUCACUGUUUCUCACAGAAAAUCACUUUGGAAGCACCAUGACUUUUAUCUUCACAUGGACGGAAGAGGAAACUAUGAGUUCAAGAAAAUUACUGAAGAGACAGUUGAAUUUGGUUCAUAACCCACCCACCCCCCAUCCACAACCAUGACUGUUAACAAUACUGGACAUGGAAAGGCAACAUACAUUGUGACGUAACAAAGCUGCUUGACUUAUUCUUUACACUGAUUACUAGGAAUAUGAUAACAAGCUGUCAGCACAUUUACUAUUAUGUAGAAUAUUACUAAUUUGUGUUCAUGUUGAUUUAAUUAUUAAUAUGCUCUAAGAAUGUUCUUAUUCUUGUGUUUUUUUUUAAAUCUGCCUAAAUUAAAUUGGGCUUAAAUCACUGUAAUGUUGAUUCAUCCUGGGAUGUAAACAGUCUGAAGUCAAUUAAUUUGACUUCUGCUUGACCACACUUCCUCUGGGGAAGGCCCUUAUUAGAAUUAGAUUCACUACCUCUUCUGUGCCCAUUACAUUAGACAUGAAUUUCUACAUCAAAUCCUAAUACAUCAGUUCAUUAUACGUACUCUUUUCAGGGCAGGACUUGUUGUAUGACUACAGUGUGGUACAAGGCAGUUGCCCUUUCUGUUAGCCAUGGCUGUGGAGACAUUCUGCUUGCAGCAAUGCUGGACUGAUGGGAGAAAUGACCCCUAGAAUUCCUCUCUAAAGAGAUGAACUCAAUCCAAUAUCCUGUGGCCACUGCUGCUCCCUACUCUUCGAUCCUAUCCUUCCAUUUGUUUUUCCAGCUCAGUACAAAUAAAGUAACAAUAUUCCAUUUGGCCUUUAUAUUCCAAUUUUAGAAGGACAAAUGAGAGGAACGAGAAUGGAAAAAGUAAAGAGGAAAGAAAACAAAAUUAAAAAACAGGAACCCAAAUCCUUGUUCUGGAAUAAAGAUCAUGGACAUUCUCGCUUAUGAGAGGUCUGAUCUCUUUGUAAUCUGUAGGAAGUAGUAUGCAAGUUCUAAAUGAAAUGCCAUACAUAUCUGCCACAAAGAUCUGGAUUUUUCAGAGAAGAUAUUUGCUUACCAGACAUUUUUCUACUUGGCACGUAGAUCUAUGAUUUUUAAAAAUGAAAACCGUAUAAUGCCAGAGGCACAGCAGUUCAGAGUCACCAAGGAACAGCUGAGAGUCUGUCAGAACUAAGUUACAGUUAUUACUUGAAGAAUUGUUUGGCUUCCGAUGAAUUACUUUUAUAAAAAUACCAUAACUGCUUAACCAUAGAUGAGCAUUUUUGAAAUUGGUAUGUGGUAAUAGUUGCGUAUGAUGAUAUAAAUUAUUGUCCAGAUUUAGUGACCUAGAUGGGAUUGGAAGAUGUGAGUUGGUUAGUCUGGCUGUGCAACUGACUACCAUUCAUUCUAUAAGAAAACCUUAAAAGCUGUGCUAUAUGACAUGAUUUUGUCCCUAUAAUAUAAUACCUACAUGCACUUAACAUGAUGGCAUGCACUACAUACAAAAUAAAUGUUGUUGUUUUUUUGCCCUUCGCUUAAAAUCAGAAUGUGUUCUGAAUGGUUAAUAAUUAAUUAUACCUCUUUCAUAGGAAAUCUGUAAUUUGUCAAACUUCCAAAUAGCUAAUCAAGUUCGGUAUUAUUCCCAAAAGUCAAUGUUUCUAAAUGCUAUUGUCUUCCUGUGUUCCUGGUAAAUCAAGGGAGAGCUAGAUUAGGAUACAUUAUCUGAGAAAUACAAAAAUAAUGUUAAAGAACUAUUUUCAGUUUGUUGCUAUUUCAUAUUUAACAAAGAAUUGCCCUUUUAUAAUUGUUUUGGUUUUUUCCCUAAAAGAUGAGACUGGUUGUGCUAGCUGAUACAAGUUUACAGACAAUGCAUCAGGACAUAUCAUAAUCUGAAACAACCAUUCCAAGCAACGUGACUAUAAUAUCAAUUUGGCAUAGAUAUGUUGCUUGGAAUGGUUGUUUCAGACUGUACAGAAAUCUGACUUCAGGAGUAAAUGAAGCUCUGAGAUGAAUUUGGUUGCUGUACUUCUUUUGUAAAAAUAAAUAAAUAAAUCCAGGAUUGGAUUUUAAUAGAAUCUGACAUUAUACAAGCAGAAUGUUGCUUGUGGGGUAGGGCUAAUUGUUUGCUCUUCAAACUCCCUUCAGCCCCCCCACCCCCCACCCCACAUCCCUAAAAUGUCUGAAUCUAGGAGCAGAUUCUGAGGGAUCUGUGCUGCUGGAGAGAACCCCAUAUUCUGUGAACAGAAAGCAUUUCUGCUUGCAGAAACUCUCCACUGAAUUUAGCAACUGGGCACAAUUUUUUAAAUGUGGUCUAUCAGAUGGAGCUGAUUAACUUCAGUAACUAUUAAUCGAUGAUACCAGUUGAUUUACUUCAGUGCUACAUGAGAAGCUAAGGGGAAAUGGGGUUUUAGAUGACUUCAUUAAGCUCCAAUCUUCAUACUUUUAUUGAGAGUGCAUCAAAAAUCAAUCUGCCCCAUGAGAAAACUAGUAUGAAGGUAAAAGUAACCGGAGCAGUGCUCAAGGGGAGAAGAGUUUUUAAGAUUAUGUUUUUAGUCUGUAACGUUCGAAUGUUAUGCAAAAUGAUCCACAGAUCAGCCAUGAUCAUCUUGUUAUGGUCUUGUGCUUCAACUGAUACUGUUAAUGGUUUAUUAAACUGAAAAUUUUGGUAUGAUGUAAAAGUCAGCAAGAAUGAAGCAUCACCAUAUCUUAUACCAAGUUUAGCCUGGUAUAUUUUGUACUGUAGUUGAUCACAAGGGACUCUUGUUUCAGUGGAAAAUAACUGCUGUACUUUAAUAUUUUGUAGCUUGUAAAGUCAAUUAGAAGGAAAGGCAUAUGUAAGGUUUUUCUAUAUAAGUGCCUCUGGAAUAAUAAAAUUGAAACAUAUA